UUCGUCCGGUUACAUUUGAAUUUGAUUGAUUUUAAAUAUGUCUCAUAUUCUGACUGCUUCUAGUAUUGAAUGUGUUCAAUGAUAAUAAGAACUAAGACUGAAGCUAACUCAAGCUGCUCAGGGCUAGUUUUUGAGUAUUUUUGAGCUACGUCUUUUACAUCUUUUUUACAUAAACGGUCGAUUAAUUUAUUUUAUUCAUCCGCUUAGCGGACAGUCGAGCACUUCAUUAAAAUUUUGACAGAUGUUUUCCUAACCUCAAAGCGUCCUUAAUUUUUAAAUCUGUGUUUGAAAUUCAAUAAGUACCAAAGCCGACUAGAUUUUUUAAAGUUUAUUGAAAUCCUGAAACAAAUUCAACAUGGACAAUCUAGAAGCCAAUAUCAUGGACAAGUCUAUGAGAUCCGUUUUCGUGGGAAAUAUUCCCUAUGAAGCCACCGAAGAAAAACUCAAAGAUAUCUUUGGUGAGGUCGGUCAAGUUUUGUCGUUCAAACUUGUUUUUGAUCGAGAGACUGGCAAACCCAAAGGAUAUGGAUUCUGCGAGUAUCGUGACCAGGAAACGGCACUUAGUGCCAUGAGGAACUUAAACAGCUACGAAAUAGGCGGUAGAAACUUAAGAGUUGAUAAUGCUUGUACAGAGAAGUCAAGAAUGGAAAUGCAGAAUCUUCUCAAUCAGCCACCAGUGGAAAAUCCUUAUGGAGAGCCUAUUCAAGCUGAAAAAGCUCCAGAGGCUAUCAGCAAAGCUGUGGCUUCACUACCUCCUGAACAAAUGUUUGAACUUAUGAAGCAAAUGAAAAGCACAAUUCAAAAUAAUCCUACAGAGGCUAGACAGAUGCUAUUACAAAAUCCACAACUUGCAUAUGCUUUGCUACAAGCUCAGGUGGUUAUGAAAAUUAUUGACCCUCAUACAGCAGCUUCACUUCUGCAUCCAGUAAACCAAGUGCCAGCUACUCUGAUGCCUGGAGACAAGAAUGUUCCUGUUCAGGUACCAAUUAGUGCUCAGUUCCAACAGCCUCCAACUCCAGUUGCACCUCCCAGACAAGAGUUCCAACCCGUUCCUGCUCCAAUUAUGCACCCAAAUUCCCAUAACGCCCCCGUAUUUACAGGCCAAGAUGUUGACUUAAGAUCUCUAGAUCCUCGUGGUACCUCAGAUCCAAGACUGGGCAGAAUGGCAGAUCAGGAUAUGAGACAGUUACCUCCACCCUCUCAGCUUACUAAUCCUUUACCUCCACCUGUGGCUGAAAGUCUUUCUAUACUCAAAUCACCGGAUGUGACUAAAGACAGUUUUUCGCGAGAACCAAGAGAUCCACGCGAUCCAAGAGCAGUUGGUCAGUCAUUUCCUGCUGAUCCUAGACAAGCAGCAAGAGCUGAUCCUAGACAGAAAACUAUGGUUCCGCCUCCAACGGCCGUGCCUCCUCCAUCUGUCAGACCGCCUCCUGUCACCUCGAUUACGUCAUCGCCCACGUCAAACCAGCCUUCGAGAGCCAGCGUAGCGUCAGCUGUCAGCGGGGCCACCAAUCCGGGUACUUCUGAUCAAGAAAAAGCUGCUCUUAUUAUGCAAGUUCUUCAAUUAUCUGAUGAGCAGAUCGCUAUGUUACCUCUGGAACAAAGGAAUAGCAUUUUGGUGCUGAAGGAACAGAUUGCGAAGAGUGCACAGGGUCGUUAAAUAACAUAAAAUUAUGUUUUUUUUUUAUUAUAAUCGAUAUUUAAACAAGAAUAUGGAAUAAAAAUA